GGAUAUUAUAAUUAGAAUGUCUCCUUUAAAUAAAAGAUGUACAAUAGAAACAACUUUUAAAAUGUAGGUAGUAUAUAUCUAUGUUUAUAUCCUGAUUAUUAGGAGUGGAAAACGGGCGAGUCGAAUUGAUAGAAAACAAGUUAACUUAUAUUGUAUCCAAUUUCAUUUCUUUUAUAUUAGUUUCUUCUUUCUUGUUCUCCUCCUCUUCCUGGCUGUUCCCCAACUUCAAGAAAUCCAAAUCUCUACUUGCAAAGGCAAUAUGUAAUUUGAAUAUAUAUAUAUAUAUACAUAAGUGUAUAUACCCUCUUUAUAUAUUCAAUUACAUCUGCAAUUUUAUUUCUCAUUUCUUCUUUCUUUUUUUUCUUUUUUUUCAUUUCCAACAAUUUCUCUUCUGUGAAUUUCAUCAAAGAAUUGGUAUUAUUGGGAUUUUUUUGAACCCAACAAAUUCAUAGCAUGAGGGUUUAUCCUAUUCCUAUGUCCCUGAAACGAAACAUUGCAAUUCGUGAAGGUAUCGGGUCGGGUUCGGAUUCGGAGCAGCGGGAACAAAUCUUUGCAGUGAUGGAAGGAAACCCGAUGAAGAAGCUAAGAAAAUUACCUCAUGUAUUUGGGAAGGUUUUAGAACUUCCGUUUCGUUCCGAUGCUGAUGUGGCGGUGGAGGAAGGUCCGGAAUUCUUCCGUUUCGUGGCGGAGAUGGAAUUUGAAGAAGGCGGUGGUGGUGGCGGAGAGGGAGGGGUGAGGGUGCAGGCGGUUGAGAUUCAUACUGGGAUUACGAAGAUUGUGGUGAGAAAUGGAGCCGGAGAUGGCGGAGUUGCUGGUGGAAUAGAGGAGCUGUUGUUGGAAGAGCUGAAGGUGGAUACGUGGAGGUUCAGGUUGCCGGCUACGACAAAGCCGGAGCUGGCUACGGCGGUGUUUGUGGAUGGUGAGUUAAUUGUGACAGUGCCAAAGGCUGGCCUGGGCGGUGGAGAGUUCGCCGACGGUAGGGAUGUUUGGGGUGGCGGUGGCCGGCUUAUUCUUGUACAGUAAUCAGAAAAUAAAAAAGAAAAAGAAUCAUUAAUAUUCCAAAAUCAGAAUUUCUUUAUUCUCCAGAAAUAAUACUAAUAAUAAUGAUUGUUGAACAUUAUGGUUGACUAGGGGAACUUUAUUCUCCAUGUAAAUUGUAAUAAUACAUACUACUA